GGAAUGUUUACUUAGUAAGGGAUAAAUUACCUCCCUUCGCAAAUCCCUGCAGGCCAGAACAGGCAGUUUAUCCCUAACGAGAGCAGGGGACUUUUCGAUGUAGAAAAAACGGAUUUAAGGGAAAUUUAUGUGAUAAAGGGGUCGAAUUUUUACAUCGAAGAUCCCCUGAUAUCGCCUCUGCCAGAAAACGGAGACAUCCUAGAAGAGACGACUCAACUCAUUGAUCGAACAAAAUGAAUCAUCAUUAGCCCAUUCAUCUUCAUUUCCAAGGCUGAGAACGACAACUGCCAUCGUUGAGCCGUCUUUCUUUGUCUUCAUCUUUCUAUCCGUCUAGCGUUCAUCUCAAACACACAUCAUCUAUGCUGAUAGCACUGGCACCAUCGCUACGAAUUUUCGCUACCAUAUUAUGGAAAAGUUUUCCGUCAAGAUUGAACCUGGGCAAUCUGCAGGGAACCAAAAAACGCUCAGCAUCAACCAGAUAGCCGCUCAGCUCGCAAAUAGCAAGGCCUCCCAGGCAAAUGCAACAUCAAUCUUCAUCUCUCCAGCCUCGGGAUCUGUUUUUAAUGGUCUCAACAACAACAACAACAACAUUAUAGAUGCCAAAGAGGGCCUAUCUGGAAGCCCUAUUGUCGGAAAGAUGACGGAGGCGCUGUCACUAAAGCAAUCGCCGACGCUAACAACAAAAAUGUUCGCCAAGACAUCGGCAUCUGCCAGCGUUCAGGUCGUUACUCAGUACAUGUGCCGGUACUGCGGUCAGCAGUUUGAAUCAACGGACCAGAUGCAGAAACACAUUCAGGAGCAUGUGGAGGGGAAAACGCCUCACGAGUGCUCAGUUUGCGGGAAGACUUACCGGACACCGUCAAAACUCCAGCGCCACGUCCGUGUGCACAGCGGAGAGCGUCCGUAUGCCUGUUCGAUAUGUGGCCGCAGAUUUACGAGGAGUGAUCACGUGAAGCAGCACAUGAAGGUUCACAUGACGAAACCUAGACACCGUGUCCGUCCUGGCUCCCCUGAAUAUCUGGAAAAAGCCCUGCCGAAAGAAAGCAACGUUUGCCACCUGUGUAAUAACAUGAAGUUCAGCAAACGUCAGGCCUUGCAUCUUCACCUCCAGCAGCAACACUUGCUUCAGCAGGUUUUCACCUGCCAUAGAUGUGGGGAGGCUUUUGAAUCUCUCGAAGAAAUGCAGACGCACAAACUGUGUCAUGAUGCCAUCCUAAACAGCAUGAAAGACGGGAAUUCUGCCCCCUCGCCUCCAGAGGGCAUUGCGAGGUUUGCAAUCGCACAGAAAGCCGAUUCGCCUUCAGGUCAAUACGAUUUCGUGAGCCUGAAAACUGAAACAACAGCUGCCGGGACAAGUUCUGAAGACAGCAAAACGCUGAGUUCGUUUCUGAAAAUGCCUGCAGGAGGUUACAUUCCGGCAAACUUGGAUAACGUGACUGCACUCAGUAAUAAGCUUCUUGCGGAGGGAAUGGAGAAGCUGGCCAAAGAAAAGGCGGAGUUGGAGCUUCAGAAGAAAUACCAUGAGGAAUAUAUGCAGUUGAAUGCAGAUGCGAAGAAGUAUCAGGAUGCUGCCGAGAGCGAAGCACAUAAGAAACUGGAUGAGGAAGAGAGACGAAAAAUUGCUCAAGCUUUCACCAUUAACAAGUCCAGGAACUUUGGUGGGAAUGGCGAGAUUCAGAACGGGGAGUUUGGGCAGAACGGGCACAAUGAUGGUGUGGAUGUCCAGGGAAAGGAAACGACGCACAUGGUCAAUGGCGAGGGAAUGUCCAUGUUCAUACUGCCCACGCUGCUCGGUCUGCAGAGUGUGAAGCACAUUCAGAAGACAAAAGAGGUCGAGUCAGAUAUGGAGACUGAAGACAGCGAGCAGAACUCAUCGAAGGAUUCUGCGGGCAUCAAUCGAGAGGGGGACGAUGAAAAGAGUGAAGAAGAAAGCAGCGAACAAAUGGACGACAGUGGUGUAGCCGAUGUCGGUAGUAAUGAUGCUUUGGAGGCGAAAAUCUCAUCACAGUCUGAGUUGUACACUAAACCGUGUCCACGGUCGAAGAAGCCAGGUUACUUACCACAGACCAAGAAUAAUGCCAGCUCUUCUGUGGAGGACAGUAAAAGUCAGACUUCUUCAAAACCAAUGCUUUCAAUACUCAAUCCUAAAAUCAAUGAACUGAUCAAAGCAAAAGUAGAGCACAAUAUGUACACGUCCACUGUUGCAAACAACAACCAGACAACGUACAUCGUGUCGAAUCAAGGCUUAAGCGCUCAAUUACCAAAGCUCACUCUUAUACCAAACUUCAGUUCGAUAAAUCCAGCAAUUACGUACCAGUCGCUUCUCACAUCACCAAUGCAAACCACGCUUCUGGCGGGGCCGACAGGAAGUUCAAGUUCCGCCGCUCUGGCCGCAGUGGCAGCAUCCGCUCAAAAUGCUUUGAAGAAGUCUGCUAACGAAUUGCUAGCGUCGGCUCCCAUGCCACCAAAGUUGAUAAAAUGUGAGCACUGCUGCAUCUACUUUGAGGACAAUGCCAUGAGUAUGCUGCACAAUACUCUUCACACGGCAGACAAUACGGACCCUUUCACCUGCAGAAAGUGUUACAAGAAACUCGGAAAUCGCUUGGAAUUCAUGGCACACAUGAUCUGGCAUUUAGAACCAAACAUGGAUCUCCCGUAAGCUGAUGUGCUAUUUUUAUGAAAUCAAAUAAUAACAAGGGGAUAAUCGCAACCAGGAUAUAGGAUAAAAUGAUAUUUUAAAUAAAGAUUAAAAUAGUGGAUCAUGUUUUAUCAAGACCUUGAUAAUAAUGUUGAAUUUCAAUAGUGACAAAUUUAAAAAGGAGUAUCAGAGAAAAUUGUACGUAAGGUUCCAUGAUUUUCUGGUGUGCUAUUUAUGAAAUCAAAUAAUAACAAGUUGAUAAUUGCAAGCAGGAUAUAGCCAAGAAUGAUUUUUUCAUUUAUAAAUUGUAAUCAUGGAGACCAAGCCCAUGUUUGGUCAUGACCUUGAUAAUGAAGUUGAAUAUCAGUGACAACUUUAAAAAGGAGUAUUCUACUAAAAUUUAUAUAAUCCUCCAUGAUUUUAAAUGAAUAGCAAAACCCAUUAUCCAUCAGAGAAUGAAAUAACAUAAUUAUUUUAUUAGUUUGAGACUGUGCCUGCAAAAGUUUUUCUCAUUUAUCGAACUUAGGUCAAAAAUAAAAAUGGUUUCUUGUAUCUCCUUGUAAUGUAAGAUUGGUUAAAAGAUUAACUUGAACCCUGCUUGUGCUGCUGUUAAUGGAAUUUUUAAAGUUAUAUGUUUUCAGUGCAUGUAAUGUUUGUUGCUGUUUAAAAUAAUUGCAUCAUGAGUAAAAAUCAUGAUUACCGGUAUAUUGCAUUGAUAUAUGGAGCAGUGUUACAUGGUCAUACUUGAUGUCACUGCAGUUCAUAUACAUGUUAGAUCACUUGAAACACAUUUGAACGAUGCACUUUCAGGUCAUAGCUUUUGUUGAUUGCUGUUUUCCUGUGUGGAUGUUUAAAUAUAAGAUAUUUAUAAUUUUGUUAUGUGAUCAUGUGAUUUAUUGAAAAAAAUGAUUAAUUAGAUUAUAUUUACAUUUAUUUGUGGUCCUAAAUGAACAAAUGUUGAAGUUUUUUUACUUCUUUAUUUAUGUAAAUUUAUUUGAAAAGUUCUGUAUAGUUUGGGGAACUGGUACUUCCAGAUGAAAAAAUAUUCCAGAUAUGUGCAAUACAAAAUCAUUGGAGCCCUAAUGUAUAAACAAUCUUGGGACAAACUUAAUAUAUGAUUGAAUUGUGAGCUAACAUCAAAUAGACAUUUAUAUGUUACUAAAAUAAAGACUUUUUGUAAGAUUGUAUGGAAUUAAAAAAAAAAUACUGCAACUCAUACAUAAUAGUGAUGGGUGCUUGGAAAAUAGAUUAAGCUUUGAUUUCAGACCUUUCACUUUCGUUUGAUAUUAGUUUAUCUUGCUCAGUUACAUGGAAUAGCUCUUUUACUUGCCACAGACAUUUAUGCUAGAGUAUACUGCAAGUCCAUUUCUAAGAAAAGGGAUUUUAGUUGCCACAUUAAAUUCAAGUUUGAUCAACAAAAUAGUUGGCAUUUGAAAAAUACUUUGAUGGCGUUAUUUUACUGGUUAUAACACAUUCCAACAAAAAACUGAUUGUAAAUAUACAAAACAGUUGAAGUGUUUAAAUUGUGCAAAAAGAUCGCAGAGGUCUGUAUUACAUAGCAAAGCUAUACAAAAUUAGCUGUUAACUAUAUAGAUGGAAUCAUUAUGAGGUUGCAAUCGUUUUUCCUCCUAAUUUUAAUACAUAUAAUUUAUAUUCUUUUGAUUGUUUGAACAAAUUGAAAGCUAAUUUCUUUAUAUUUAUUACCUUAUUUCCCUUGUCUUUUGUAAUACUCAAUUAUAUUUAUAAUAUUUAUAUUUAUGUUUGUUCUAGCCACUUGCGGUUUGUUUCAUAUUUUGCAUGUGUGCAUCUUUAAUGAAAUCAUGUUAGUUGUCCGAGGGAAAUUGAGAUUUUUAAUAGAAGAAGAAAAAUUUGAUGCUGAUAAUUAUGAUUCAUAAGAUUGACGUUGGAUUGCGCUAUUUCUCGAUAAGCAGAUCAUGUUAUUUAUGAUGAUAUUUGUUUGUCCCAAAAGAAUUCAGAAACGUUUAGUGUUUGUUCUUCAAACAACAAUUUUUUUUAAAGAUUUAAAACAAAUGCAAAUGUUCUGCGUUGUUUUGUUAUUGUUCUGAGUUCUGCGUUGUUUUGUUAAUGUUCUAAAAUGUUAAGUGUUAAUUGUUUGAAAAAAGUUUAACUGACAAUGUCACAUAAACUUUUGUUAGUUGUUGGAAUACUGAUCAAAUAAUCAUGUACACGCAUUUGGGUUUUAAUAUUUAUUGUAAGUUGGGCACAUUGUUUCAGGAACAAAUUGAACUUUUGUAUAAUUUUCAACACGUCAUUUGUUUCUCAAAAAAAACUUCCUAUUUAUACAUGUAAGGGUUAUUUUGUUUGUUUGUUCUGUUUAACUUUGUUUAUCUGUGAUUUGUAAAACUAACUUGCUUUUACAUUGGUGAUGGUUCUACUUGUUUAUUUGUUGUUUUGCUACAGUCCCCACUUAAGUCUCCAAUCCUUCACUUAACUUAACUGUUUUUAUCAAAGUUAUAUAGUCAAUCUAAAGGUACAACUGAAUUUUGAUGUUAAGAAAAUGUAAAGAAAAAACACAUCUCAUGAACAUUAUGAUACUACAAUAGACUGGGUCUGUGGUAGCCGCCAAUAGACUGGGUCUGUGGUAGCCGCCAAUAGACUGGGUCUGUGGUAGCCGCCAAUAGACUGGGUCUGUGGUAGCCGCUUUAGACUGGGUCUGUGGUAGCCGCUUGACUGGGUCUGUGGUAGCCGCUUGAGAUCUAUAAUAAUGAUAACUUACGUUUGAUAACUUAAUGUUGAAAAAUACACAGGUAUUUUCCACAGAAAUGUUUAGCUACUGUAAAAAGCGAGUACAUUGUAGUUCUUUCUAAAUGUUCCAUAAAGUCGUAUAAUAAACAGUUUUUCUUGCUUUGUAUGAGGUAGCAUACCGGGUUUAUGUUGGCACCAUCACAAAUUAUCAAGUUGAACCAUCUUCAAGUGACAUUCAUUUUGUGGGAUCCCAGAAAAAAGGGAGAAAUUUAUUCAGUACAGAAGUAUUAUGGUAUAAGAACUACAAUAUUAUGUUUCUGAAGAGUAUAUCAUUAUUACUAUCCAUCAUAUUAUUAAUAUUAUUUUAAAUUAUAUAUAAUUUACUGUUGGGAGAACUAUAUCAUUUGUUUGGUUUUUGUUUAAAGGUGAUGAAACUGUAUUGUAUGUAUAUAUGUUACCCCAUUAACUUAUUUUCUCUUAUUGAGCCUUAAUAAAUGUUAACUUGAUGUUAGAUUAUAUAUAAAUCUAUGUUAUUUUAUAUAAUUUAUUGUAGUGCUUAGAACAGAAGUAGAUAUAUUUAAUAUUGUGAUUAGUGAUAUCCGUAUAUAGCAUUAUUAUAUUGCUGUUUUGUUGUUGGUAAAUUUUCUAUAAAGGGUUUGCAGUUGAAAACAUUAAAUGUGUAUUUUAGCCGCUUUCUGGUAAAAAUAUGAUAUUGAAUCCGCAUCAAGUUUGUUUCGCUUAGAAGAGACUUCCUUUGAAUUAAAAGUACAUUUUACAUGGAAAGUGUUGUAGCUUAUAAGCUGUGCAAACUUCACAGGCUAAUCACGGAAAACACUUUACGCACAUUAAUGAAGCCAUGUUAUCCCAGCAUGAUGCUCAAUUAUACAAUACAACAUACAUAACUUAGAAGGCAAUACUCAACGCUUGCAUGGCAGUUCCCAUUUUCAAUUAGAACACUGUAGAUCAUUUCACACCAGUUUUAUCUUAACCAAUUACCAUACUCAAAUUGUAAUGGGAAAUUAGCAGAAAGUGGCUUAUAUUGACUAGAUCUUAAACCACUGUAGUUCAAUCAGAUGCGUACACAACAUCAAAAACCGAAAAAUGGUUUUGAAAUGGACCCAUUUCAAGGGAAACUUUAUAAACUUGUAUUUGUUAUGGAAAUAUUGUUUACCAUGUUUGAAUCUUAUUGUUUAAUCUUCCUGUAUUUUAUGUUAUUUUGUAUUUAAAUCUGAAGUUUGCACAUAAAAAAGCAACUUUGCACAACUUACUUUCAAAUUAUAUUUUUUCUUAUAUGGACAAUAAUCAAUGUAUAGUUCUACAAUGUAUACUGAUUUGGAAUCUGCUUCAUAGCUAUGUAUACAGCCCGUAAUCAUGACAACUCCAAAUAUCUGUGUAACUUCCCAGUUGUCAUCAUCAUAUAUGUGAACAGAUUGUUCCAGUUUAUUCUAUUUUAUGUUGAUUUGUUUUUUUUGUGUUUGUCAUUUUUCAUUCUUUACUCACCCUGUGAUGUUUGCAGUGUCAUUUUUGCUGUUCUGUUUGUUUAACAACUCCAGCGUGCAUUUUCAUGUAGUCAGUCAUUUGAUCACAAACAUGUCUCAUUUCUCAAUCUUUUGGAUACCUUUUUCUUGAACUGAUGGGCUUGGUUGAUAGCUUCACUUUACUAACCCAGUCGAGUUUUGUUUUUAAUCUUUGUCAUCGUCUUUUGUAGCCCAUUUAUAAUUCUCCUUAACUGAUAAUUUUUAUUCGUAAUUCACAAGUUCAUAUAUCUAUAAAUGAUCAAUAUAUAUUGCAAAUACUAUGUAACCAUAAUGUGUACAACUUUCGUAAUUGAGUCACGUUAAAAGUGUAUAUAACUAUCUAGAGACAAAAACUUUUUGUACCUCAUAAACGUAAAAGACAUUCAAUAAUUUUUAAAUUGUUCUCAUGUUAAGUACCUACAUAGCGAAAGGAUAAAUUGAUGUUUUCUUAGGUUAUUUAUUCCAUUUUGGUUUGUGUCAAUUUUUGCAGAUACAGAAAUGUUGCAAUUGAAUGAAACAAGCGUAAAACAAUUAGUGUUUUUAAACAAACGUGUGAAAAUGGUUUUAAAGCAAUGAAAAACAUGCAUGUUGAAUUAUGAAAAUAAUACUUAGACAUUUAUCAAAUUCAGUUAGAGUACUAAUUGCAUGACUUUUUGUUGUUUAUACAUUUGCAUAUUUUUUCUCAAUGGGUUUAUUGUACAAGAACAAAGGAGUUCCUAAGUGAUAGUUGUUGUUGAUGUAUUGGUUACUUGAUAUAGUUUAUCCUAGUUAUUGUAUUCAAUAAACUAAGUUGAUCAACUG